CUUGCCCUGGCCGGCCUGCGCGACGGCAUGGCAGCCGCUGCCUGGACGCACCUGGGGCUCGCCGCCCUCCUGCAGCUCUUUUGCCUGCCCUGCCUGCCGAGAGGGUAUACAGUGAUCAAUGAAAACUGCCCAGGAGCUGAAUGGAAUAUCAUGUGCCGAGAGUGUUGUGAGUAUGACCAGAUCAAGUGUGUGUGUCCCGGGCACACGAAAGAAGUUGUGGGUUACACCAUCCCCUGCUGCAGGAAUGAGGACAAUGAGUGCGACUCCUGUCUAAUCCACCCAGGCUGCAUGAUCUUUGAAAACUGCAAGUCCUGCCGCAAUGGCUCCUGGGGAGGAACGCUAGACAACUUCUACGUCAAGGGCAUCUAUUGUGCUGAAUGCAGAGCUGGCUGGUAUGGAGGGGACUGCAUGAAAUGUGGACAGGUUCUCCAGGCUUCAAAAGGUCAGAUUUUAUUGGAGAGUUAUCCAUUGAAUGCCCAGUGUGAAUGGAUCAUACAUGCCAAGCCUGGGUUUGUUGUUGAAUUAAGGUUUGCUAUGCUAAGCCUGGAAUUUGACUACAUGUGCCAGUAUGACUACAUAGAGGUCCGAGAUGGUGACACUGUUGACAGCAGGAUAAUUAAGCGUUUCUGUGGAAAUGACAGACCUCUUCCAAUCCGGAGCACAGGGUCUUCACUCCAUGUUCUUUUCCAUUCAGAUGGUUCCAAGAAUUUUGAUGGGUUUCAUGCCAUCUUUGAAGAAAUUACAGCUUGUUCUUCAUCGCCAUGUCUGCAUGAUGGAACCUGCAUCCUUGACAAAACUGGUGGCUACAAAUGCGCCUGCCUGGCUGGCUAUACUGGGAACCGCUGUGAAAGCUUGGUGAUGUGUAGGACUCCAGGUGCUCCUGCUCAUGGUUUUGUGGAAGGAGAUGACUUUAAAUACGGGGCCCAGGUUUACUUCAAAUGCAACGCAGGUUACACCUUAAAAGGCAGUCGUGUUGCCUACUGUCAGCUGAAUGGGAGCUGGUCAAUACACCAUCCUGAAUGCGUAGUCACAGAAGACAGAAACUGUUCUGAUCCUGGUGCUCCACUCAAUGGGUACAGAAAAAUGAUGGAAGAUGCUGCGCUGAUGAAUGGCCGUUAUGCAAAAAUUGGAACAGUCAUUACAUUCUUUUGCAAUAACUCCUAUGUUCUCAGUGGUAAUGAACAAAGAACCUGUCAGGAAAAUGGAGAAUGGACAGGGAAACAGCCAAUUUGCAUAAAAGCUUGCAGAGAGCCAAAGAUCUCUGACCUGGUGAGGCAAAAAGUACUUCCAAUGCAGGUUCAGUCAAGGGAGACCCCUUUGCAUCAGCUCUAUUCAUCUGCCUUUAGCAAGCAGAAAUUGGAAGUCUACCCAACCAAAAAGGCAUCACUACCAUUUGGAGAACUGCCUCCAGGCUUCCAGCAUCUUCACACCCAGCUUCAGUACGAUUGCAUUUCCCCCUUCUACCGACGUCUGGGAAGCAGCCGGAGAACCUGUCUGAAAACAGGAAAAUGGAGUGGGAGGGCCCCUUCAUGCAUUCCAAUCUGUGGAAAGAUGGAAAAUACAGCUCUUCAGAAACCAUCCACAGCCAGAUGGCCCUGGCAAGCUGCCAUCUACAGGAGACCCAAUGGGGUGAAGGUCCCCAGCCACAGAAAGGGUGCAUGGAUCCUGAUUUGCAGUGGGGCCCUGCUGAAUGAGCGCACCGUAGUUGUGGCAGCUCACUGUGUCACGAAUCUGGGAAAGGUCACUGUUCUCAAAACAGCAGACAUCAAAGUCGUUCUGGGCAAGUUCUACAGAGAUGAGGACAGAGAUGAGAAGACGGUACAGAACUUACGGAUUUCAGCCAUUAUAGUCCACCCUAACUAUGACCCUAUAUUGCUCGAUUCUGACAUCGCUGUCAUGAAACUUUUGGACAAAGCCAAAAUAAGCAGCCGUGUCCAGCCCAUAUGCCUGGCAUCAACACGUGAUAUUGAUCCACUUCCAGAUGACUUGCAAAUAGUGAUCACUGGUUGGAAGAUCCUGACUGAUGUUGCCGAUCCAAGCUACAAGAAUGACACUAUCCGUACAGGAUCCAUUCAGAUAGUGGACUCCCUGCUGUGUGAACAGCAAUAUGAAGAAAGUGGAAUCCAGGUCAGCAUCACUGACAGUAUGUUUUGUGCCAAGAAGCACCCUGCCGCUUUUUCCAAUAUUUGUCCUGCUGAAACUGGAGGGAUCGCAGCAAUACCUUUGCCAGGAAAAACAUCUCCUGAGUUAACUUGGCAUCUGGUGGGGUUAGUGAGCUGGGGAUACGAUAAAACAUGCAGCCUCGAACUCUACACUGGCUACACCCGUGCAACUCCUUUCAAAGACUGGAUUGAGAAAAACAUGAAAUGAAACACUUGGUCCAAAACUUUUCCUUUUGCAGUAAAUAUAUACAUUUCUCCCAGAGUCUCUAAUGCUUUAGUUUUCUCAUCCCACUGAUGGAAGGUGUCUGGGAUAAAGCUAAUGCAGGAGCCUCAAUGAGGUGCCAUGAGGUCUAGCAAUUCAGUGAGUUGAGUUCAUCUGUGUGGCACAUGAUUUGAUAUGCCUGAGCUGUCCCCUUGCUCCUGGUGGGAAGAGGGUGCUUGAGUCAUGGGUUGUAGUUACAAAAACAUGACGGCCAGAAGUAAUUGUAUUCAAUCUCUGUGUAACAAUCACCUGGGUAAGACAAUCAGAAUGUAUGUCUGUUGAUUUUGAAGAGAGUUAGGAGGCUGGGAAGAGAUCGUUAGGAGGCUGGAUGAGUUUGUUAAGCUGUCUGUACUGCCAUAUUUUAUGUUAUAUUCUUUUCCCUCCUAAGUACCUUACACAUUGAAAUAAACAAAGGUUUGUGUUUAACCUGAAAA